GAGCUGAAGAUGGCUUUUAGGGUGCAAUCAUUUGAAUACUGAAGGAUUUUAGCGUCCGGGAGCUCGCUGGGUUUUCUCAUGAUGACACAGGAAACACAAUUCUCAUUUAAGAGGAGCCCAGCAUUGUUGUGGUGAUCCAGCAAGUCAUCGUUGCCUUCAUAAAUUUUGCUAUGUGUGGAUUUUUUCAUUACCCUUUGUUAGCUAUCGCUCUCACACUCCCUCUCUGGCUCACUCCCAGCUCCUCUUGCCUACAACAGCGUAGUGACAAGAUCUGCAGAAUUCCACUGAUUGGAGAGAAAGCCAAAGGGAACAAUGAGAUCAAAGUUCACUGACAGGCUGCAACAACAAGCUGCGCUGUAGAAAGUCAGUGGGACAAAAUAACCAGCCGCGUUCUGGCGCCGGAAGAACGGCGCGUCCGGGAACUUUUUUGGGCUCCGGUCGACUCGUACCUCUGCGGUUGUGUGCGGGAGGCUUGGUUGCGAGACGAGACCAAUCAUUUGUCUUGAUACCCUGCACUGAGAGCGGGCAAACUGAGGGGGACGGAACGAACAAACCCCUCUAUCAAGACCUGAUCUAUUUCCCCAAACAAUUUUGUGUAUUCAUGAGGUUACGCAAAUGUGGAGGCAGCAAAAUUACCGUAAUCAAUUGAAACAGCGAGUGCGCAUCCAUGGCUCUGAUUAUUUGGAGAUCAUCUAUCAGCCUGAUGGCUGUGUAACGAGGAAAGGGGGGCAUUGAAUUACUAUUGAGAUUUACUGAGAAGUCCAUGAUCAUUGGGCAAGGGAGUUUGGUCAGUGAUAAUAGGACUCCUUGGUCUGGCGGCGGCGGAAGUAUUUCUCCAAACAUUAGAUAGCUGACUCUGCACUGCUGAAAGGUGCUGUUUUGAAACUAAAACCCAGAGUGUCCGGACAGGCUGGUGAGCUGCAUUCUCCAUAAUCUCCUUUUUCCACCUGACAAAGGAAAACCAGAGGACGAGCGGCGGCUCUAAGAGGAUAAACUGAGCAUGGAGGUCAGAUACAACCAAGAGACUGAAGGGAUGGUGCUGAAGAAUGGACUAAAGGAGGGGAAAGAUGGCAAGGACUCCCAGGGCAGCCUGACCAAAAGCUUCCUCAAGGACCAGCAGGACUCCUUUCCCCCCUCCGGGACCGUGGACACUUGUGACAAGAGCAGGGGGAGCACAGCAGACCCGGACUACUGUCGGAGAAUACUUGUUCGAGAUGCUAAAGGCUCCAUAAGAGAAAUCAUCCUGCCCAAAGGUUUGGACCUGGACCGGCCGAAGCGUACGCGCACCUCCUUCACUGCAGAGCAGCUCUACCGUUUGGAGAUGGAGUUUCAGAGGUGUCAGUACGUGGUUGGAAGGGAGCGCACAGAACUGGCCCGUCAGCUCAACCUCUCUGAAACUCAGGUGAAAGUCUGGUUCCAGAACCGCCGCACUAAGCAGAAGAAGGACCAGGGGAAGGACUCUGAGCUGCGUUCGGUGGUUUCAGAAACAGCAGCCACCUGCAGCGUCCUCAGACUGCUGGAGCAGGGCCGGCUGCUGACGCCUCCCGGCCUGCCGGGCCUCCUGCCUCAUUGCGGCGGCGGCACUCUGGGCGCUGCCCUGCGGCCGCCCUCCAUGGCCAUGGCCAGCAACGGCAGCAGUAGCAGCAGCAGUAGCGGAGGAAGCACCGGCACGGCAGGCGGCAGCCCCCCGCUGCCCGCCGUCACCAGCUCAGGGACAGUGGCGAGCUUGCAAAGCUCACCGGCAGCUCACAGCCUUUUCAGCUUCCCCAUGCCCUCCUUACUCAGUGGCGUCGCCACCCGCAUUUCCUCCAACCCCCUCUCCAUGGCGGGCUCCCUGGCUGGAAACCUGCAGGAACUUUCUGCACGCUACCUGAGCUCCUCUGCCUUUGAGCCUUACUCGCGGACCAAUGGCAAAGAGUCCAUGGACAAGAAAAUCCUGGAAUAAUGUUUUUACAUAGACGGAGUCCUGCUUCCUCAGGACACACGGUUCUUUUCUUGGCUGUUAUUGUCAUUUUCUGGUUUCGAGCUGUCUCUUCAUCUGUCUGUGUCAUGUUUCGUAGCAGUUCAUGUAUUCCAGUUGCGCAUCGGGCGCCUUGUACAAGGAAGCAAACAUAAGCUCGUGUUAACAAAGAAAAGGUGGCAGUGGGGAGAUUUUGCACAAGAAGUUCAUAAAGGACUUUAUAAAAGAGAAUUAGAGAGAUAUACACUGACAGAUGUCUUUCUGUUAAUAAACAAAUAUUUAGUCCAAAAACCAACUAUAUACGAAAGUCUGCAGCAGGGCGCUGACGACUGGUGACGAGGACUGUAAAGUUAUGGUGACGUUGUUGAACUGUGUUCUUUGAUUGUGAGGUAGGUGCGUGUCAGAGCAGUGCGUAGAUAUAGACAAACAACAUGAGACGACAGAGCAGCAGUUUGUGUCAUCCGAUAAUUCAGCGCUUUUAAAUUUACCUUAGCAAGGCCGGUUUCCUGAAAUCGGAUUAAAGAAGAGGUCGAGUCAAACCUCAGAUCACAGCUUCAUAUGCAGAUGUUUCAUAAGAGCAUCUUUUGUAAAUCUGUGUUAUCUUUGAACCAAACCAAAACAGAACAAUGUCGACACACACACAGAUAAAUGUGUGUGUGUGAUUCCACUUCGAGUUCUCCAGGUUUUGCUGAACACUUUCUAUCGCGUGCUGGAGCUCAGCACAGGUACGAGCUGCUGAAAGGGAGAAAAGGCUUUUCAGCUGAAACUGUUUGCUUUGUUGAGCGCUACAAGGUAACAGCUUUUUCAAUCAUUAAGACCUUUCCUGUGCAAAAUUUCUUAAAUCCACAGCCUUCAGAAAAGAUUAAGGCCGACGAUUCUUGUGGAGACUGAAUGAAAUUAUUGUAGUACUCAAGUACUGGAAAUGCAAAAUGUACCUUAAAGUUGUUAUUUUAUUGUAAAUUAUUUACUUCUGUAAUUAAUAGAUUAUUAGUAUAUCUGGAAAAUAAUGAAUGAAUGAAUGUAUUAGCAGGGUUGAGGAUUCAAUCAAAAGCUCUUUGGUGCUGUUGUUGUGAAAUAUCUUGAAAUUUGUGAAACGUGUGGUUCAAAUGUUGAUAUAUAUUAUGUAUACGGCUGCAGACAAAGACAAGUGUGUUUUUUUUCUUCCAUACAUGUUGCUAUAAAUUAAGUUAUGAUAAAUCUCAUGACUGUC